AUGCCCUGCUGGCUGAUCUGGAGACCACAACCUCUCACAUUUCCAAGCGCCCAGUACUGCUCACGGACUCUGGGGCAGCCCACGCCAAUGGGCUGGGGCAGGAUGGGAUACCUGAGGCCAGGCCCCCCCCGCCUCCCUACAACCCUCAGCAGCAGGCCAUGUCCGUGGCCCCUCCGCCUGUCUCUGCCCCGCCUAGCGGGGGCGACAAAGAGCAUCUCUACAGCACUGUCUGCAAGCCCCGCUCGCCCCGGCCCAAGGAGCCAGCCGCGCCACCCUUUUCCUCGUCCAGCGGGGUGCUGGGCGCCGGCCUCUGUGAGCUGGACCGGCUGCUGCAGGAGCUCAACGCCACGCAGUUCAACAUCACAGACGAAAUCAUGUCCCAGUUCCCAUCCAACAAGGGCCCUGAUGGGGAGAAGCGGAAGGAGAAGCCAGAGGAUGCUGGGGAAGGGGGGUCCCCAAGCCGCUCUGCUGGCUCCACCCCACCUCCUGUGAAGCCAUCAGCCACAUCUGCUACCCUGGAGCUGGACAAACUCAUGGCCUCCUUGUCGGACUUCAGAGUCCAGAGCAACCUCCCGGGGGUCUCGGCUGCGCCGCCCCCGGCCCCCACCCGAGUCUCCCUGGCGCAGCAGCCGGUGGUGUCGUCCGUCUGCCCCAGCCCCUCUGGCCCGGCCCCCCCAGCAGGGCCGGCACCGCAGGGUGGCAACUUGGACAGCAUGCUGGUGAUGCUGCAGUCGGACCUGAGCCGCCAGGGGAUCUCCACCAGCACCAAGGGGCUGUGCGCCUCCUGCCAGAAACCCAUCGCGGGGCAGGUGGUGACAGCGCUGGGCAACACCUGGCACCCCGAGCACUUCGUCUGCACCCACUGCCAGAAGGAGAUGGGGGGCAGCAACUUCUUCGAGAAGGAUGGCGCCCCCUACUGUGAGAGGGACUACUUCCAGCUUUUCUCACCCCGCUGCGGCCUCUGCAACGAGCCCAUCCUGGAUAAAAUGGUGACAGCUCUGGACAAGAACUGGCACCCGGAGCAUUUCUGCUGUGUGAAGUGUGGGAGGCCCUUUGGGGAGGAAGGCUUCCACGAGAAGGACGGCCAGCAGUACUGCCGCCAGGACUUCUACGAGCUCUUCUCCACGCGCUGCCAGGGCUGCAACCAGGCCAUCCUGGAGAACUACAUCUCGGCCCUCAGCGCCCUCUGGCACCCCGAGUGCUUCGUCUGCAGGGAGUGUUACGCGCCGUUCCUGCAGGGCAGUUUCUUCGAGCACGGCGGGCGGCCCUUCUGCGAGACGCACUACCACAAGCAGCGGGGCUCGCUGUGCUGGGGCUGCGAGAAGCCCAUCGCCGGGCGCUGCAUCACCGCCAUGGCCCGCAAGUUCCACCCCGAGCACUUCGUCUGCGCCUUCUGCCUCAAACAGCUCAACAAGGGCACCUUCAAGGAGCAGAACGACAAGCCCUACUGCCACCCCUGCUUCCUCAAGCUCUUUGGCUAAGCCACGCCCUUGUCCGGGCAGGCCCCGCCCCCAGGCCCAGCCACACCCCCUCAGGCCCCGCCCCUGGCCCAGCCAUGGUGGGCGAGCCAUGCCCCACCCCACAGCCGCACUUCAGCAGGC